AUCAGAUAAGCGGCAAGUCAGCCAACUGCCAACCUUUACUCGCGAAUGUGAUCGAUAGCGAGGUGUACGAGUACUUAGAUUGUGCGUGCUGGUUAGCGUUCGGUGGGUUCAAAUAUGGCUCUGUUCAAGAUUACCACUUCAAAAUUAGUAGAAAUACAGAAAAUAUGCCCAACGGCAACGAUUCUGCUCCGCAACUUGAGUGCGGAGAACACGAACCUGAAGAGCGUUCUUCAAGAUAAGAUUCCCAAGGAACAAGAGAAGAUCCGCGAAUUCCGCAAGAAACAUGGCGCCACCAAAGUUGGAGAGGUCACCGUUGACAUGAUGUACGGUGGCAUGCGCGGUAUCAAAGGUCUGAUCUGUGAGACCUCCGUGCUGGACGCGGACGAGGGUAUCCGUUUCCGCGGGCUCUCGAUCCCGGAGUGCCAAAAGGCGCUGCCCAAGGCUAAGGGCGGGGAAGAGCCGCUGCCUGAGGGGCUUUUCUGGCUGCUGAUGACUGGCGAAGUGCCCACCGACGCACAAGUGCAGGCCAUUUCUAAGGAAUGGGCUCAGAGAGCCGAGCUGCCCGCGCACGUGGUGACGAUGCUGAACAACAUGCCGAGCAAGCUGCACCCGAUGUCGCAGUUCUCGGCCGCCGUGACCGCGCUCAACAGCGAGUCCAAGUUCGCGCAGGCGUACGCGGAGGGCGUGCACAAGUCUAAGUACUGGGAGUACGUAUACGAAGACGCGAUGAACCUUAUCGCCAAGUUACCCGUCAUCGCGGCGACAAUCUACCGCAACGUGUACCGCGACGGCAAGGGUAUUGGAGCCAUCGAUGAGGCGAAGGACUGGUCCGCUAACUAUUGCACCAUGCUCGGCUUUGAGGACCCGCAGUUCACUGAGCUGAUGAGGCUGUACCUCACUAUUCAUAGUGACCACGAAGGAGGCAACGUGUCCGCCCACACCACUCACUUGGUGGGUUCAGCGCUGAGCGACCCCUACCUGUCCUUCGCAGCUGGCCUCAACGGUCUUGCUGGACCUCUGCACGGAUUGGCUAACCAAGAGGUUUUGAUCUGGCUGGAGAAGCUCCGCAAGCAAGUGGGCGACAACUUCACAGAGGAAGGUCUCAAGGAGUUCAUCUGGAAGACACUCAAGUCCGGCCAAGUGGUGCCCGGAUAUGGACAUGCUGUGCUCAGAAAGACUGAUCCUAGGUACACCUGCCAACGCGAGUUCGCACUGAAGCACCUUCCCAACGACCCGAUGUUCAAGCUGGUGGCUGCGGUGUACAAGGUGGUGCCGCCCAUCCUCACUGAGUUGGGCAAAGUGAAGAACCCAUGGCCCAACGUGGACUCCCACUCCGGUGUUCUGCUGCAGUACUACGGCCUCAAAGAGAUGAACUACUACACGGUGAUGUUCGGCGUGUCCCGUGCGCUCGGCGUGUUGGCUCAGCUCGUGUGGUCCCGCGCGCUCGGCUUCCCCAUCGAGCGGCCCAAGUCCUUCAGCACGGACGCGCUCAUCAAGCAGCUGGGCAAAUAAGUGUUGUGUUGUGCAGUGUAGUGCUGGUGGGAGUGGGGCGGUGGUGGAUGUUGGUGAUGUCAUUGGUGCCGAUUAAGUGAUUGGUGAUGAGUUCUCUCGGUUAAUUGUCAGUGAUAAUAUGGUUGGUGAUGUAAUUGUUGCCAAUUGUGUGAUUGGUGAUGAUUUUAGAUUGAUUGUCAAAGGUUAUAUCGAUCUGGGUUAAUUGACAGUGUAAUUCUCAGGGAUUCAUUGUCAGUUAUAUGAUUGGUGAUGUAAUUGUUGCCGAUUAAGUUAAGUUGAUGAUGAAAUUAUCAGUAACUAAUUAAUGGGUGAUAUAAUUAUAUCAACUGACAAUUGUCAGUGAUUACUUGAUUGAUCAAUUGAUAGAGUAUUUGUUAUCAAUGUUAAUUAAUCACUCAUUGAUUAAACUGAUAAUUUCUGUUUUGCAACUUCUGAUCCAAUCGAAUUAGUGACAAUUGAUCGUUCACACUGAAAUUACCAAUACAUCCACUACCGUUGAAAAGUAGUAUUUGAUUAUUUGAUCGGUUCAUACAAUGAGUAGGUCACCAGCAAUGUACCAAGUAAUUGUCUUAUAUGAGUUUGGGUAUACAUCAUCAUACAGCAUAACCUCAUGUAGCCACUGCCAGACGAACAAAUGUUGCGUUUUGGCGAUUUACAUGUAUUGCGGUAAAAUUUUAUUGAAAUCAUUUAAUAAAUCAUGUUUUAUCAAUCAAUUUGACUCGGUAUGUGAAUGCAUAUCAUAAUCAUUUUAAUACAAAUACGAAAUACAAUUAUAUUCAAUUUUUGAUAUUGUAAUUUUUUCAAUAAUUCAAAAUGUUCUGAUUUGCAAUGACAUAUGACAUAUUUUAGCGCUUGCGUGCUAAAUCGUCAUUUAGUUACGAAUCGUCGGGUGUAAGCAAAAGUUAAUUCGUUGUUCAUUUCGAAGGUAUUUUUGUUUUAGGGUAAAAUCAGUAGUAUAGCGCUUCACCGCAUCACACUACAAUAUCAAUAUUUAUUUUGUUAGCAUUAAGAGUACGGAUUACGUUUCGAUUUAUUGUACUUACGUCUGUGAUUAUGGGAAAGCGUUUUAGAUGUAUAUUGAGGCGUGGUUAAACCAAAAUUGAUAUGGUGUAGUGUGAUCCUAUUCAGGCAAAGCCGAGUGCUGUGCAUAUCGGUCAGUCUGCGUCAGUAGUUCAAUACGUAAUACUUUUCUCUCAUUUGUUUACAAAUAUACACGCGGACUCGAGAACGUCGCUUACUCAGUAUUUAUAAUUUCCAUCGUACUUAGUUUCAGGCAAAUGAAAUGCUAUAUACGUAUCCACAUAUGUAUGCAUCAUUUCAUGUUAUUUAUUUCGCAACGCUUGUAGCCUAAUUUAUUACCAAGUUACCAAAGUAUUGACUAUUUAUUGUAUCAUUUUGUGAGGGUAUCAUUUAAAUUAAACAGCUGUAUUAUUUUGACAAUGUAAGGUGAUUUCACUAGUGUAGUCCACUGUACAUGAUAACAUAGUUAGCAGUGGUGUUGCGUAAAUGUGGACGCCGAGCGGCGAUUCUAACAGACAAUACAAUAAAAUAAAUAUAGUACAUUAGA